UGGCCUUCAAUCACAAUGAGUCGACGCCAGGACUGGAAGGACCCCAGCGCCCUGCAUGAAAACAGAAAAUAAAUUUAAGAUUGUAGCGUUUAUAUAUAUAUUUUUUUAACCAAACCCAUCAUGUUUAUCUCUUCACAAAGUUCUACGCCUGUAUUUAAAGAUUUGACGCUUGUUAUGCCAGCAGUGGCGGUGGGCAAUGUGGGCCAGCUGGCGGUGGACCUAAUCAUAUCCACACUAAACGUGCGCCGAGUGGGCUACCUGCACACGGACUGCCUCAUCCCCAUGGCGGGGAAUAACCCGUACGCCACCUGCAAAGACGACGCAGAGGAGCUGCACACGGCUGCAGAAGUCUACGCUGCACCCGAGCUCAAGCUGGCCAUUCUUCAAAUCAGGGCGCCAAUUGUGAAGCCAAAAUCCAAAAGGUUCCGUCAGCUGCUGUUGUCCUGGAUAAAAUCUAGUGGUUUCUCCAGGACGGUCGUUCUCUCCAGCAGCCAUGCCUACCAGAGGGAUGACCAGCAGCUGCAAGGCACUCCUCUAAGGUACCUAAUCACCCCCAGCCUCCUGAAGGCCAGUGCAGAUGCCCUGAAGGAGCUGGGCUGGAAGGAGAUGGAGAAGGUGCCCCCUUGCCUGGGACAUUCAGACGCCAACACGGAGCCUAGACUUGUCGUCCCUGGUGGCGGCAUCACCAAAGGGCUCUUCACAGACAGCUGUACUGAGGAGGUCCGGCUGGCCGUGUUGCUCAUCUUCUGCUCGGAGGGCAACAACAUCCCGGACGCCUUCACGCUCCUCAAUCACCUUAACGACUGGCUCCACCUGCUGGACAGCCCUAAGCAUGAGGCCAACAAUUGGAAGAUCCCAGCAUCCUGGAGUCUCCUCUUUGGGAGCGGCAUCCCUCCAGCACUCUUUUGAAACGCAAGCUUUUAUGCCGCGUUGUUUACAGGAACUGACCUAAAUGAGCACUUCUGCAACCCUUUUUGAGUAUUUUAUAUUUGGGGGAGGUGAAAAAAAAAGACCACAAUCGCAAAGAUGGUGUGAAUUUUUGACCAUUUCUCGGCUGGACCUCAUUCAGCCCGACUAACUGAAAGUGGUUGGCCAGGCGCCACGCGGUGUUCCCAGCAUUCCCGCCCACGACUGUAACAUGACUCUUACAACAAUACAUCACUGACAUCACUUCAAGUGUUCAACAUCUCCUUGAAAUAAGACUGAUGGGAAAAUUUAAAAAAAAAAGAGCCAAAUAUUUCCAUUAUAAAUGAAACAGAUUGAGAAUAUGAGCAAUUUCUUCCAUCACAGGAUGAUGUGUCAUAAACUAGAUACCAGUUUUAUUAAAAGAUAACAUUCAUAGCAUUGACUUUUUUUCCCCUCCAUAGAAGAAAAUGUCAUCAAAUUGUCUUAAAAUGUGUAACAAUGCUCAUUGUUUUUUGUGUCAACAAAACCCUUUAUAUACAUGCCACUGACUCUUGCCACAGUGCUGUGGAAAACUUCAAGUAUUCUUAUAAAAAAUAGAAACAUUUCCACCCCUGGAAAAAUACACAUUUAUAAAAUGGCAAUGCAUAGCUCCUAUUUCAGUCUGUAUAAACGUAGUAUGACAAAGUUGCAAAGAAACAUUUUAAUAAUGCUGGUGUCUUCUUAUUGAAUAACGUUGAGCGUGUGUGUGUAUUGUAAACAGUUUGGAGAGGGAUGAUGACAAGUGAUGCAGAGAAGUGUUUGAAUGGUUGAGGAACGCUGGUGGGAGUGAGAGGCCAGCUGGUGUUCCCUGCAGAUGUUUUGCUGUCAGCGUUUCCUGUGAACGUACCCUCGGGUGGGGGGCGGGGGGUAGAGUCAGCAGUCGCUUGUCUUGGCUCUAUAAGAGACAAAAACCCAAAAUAAAUGAGUACCUGCAACGCAAAGCAAUCAACGCAUCGCCUCAUGAAUUUUGCAUAAAACGAGCAUUUAGCUAGAAAUGCAUGGCUUGAGACGACCACUGUAUAUCCCACCAGACAUCUGGAUUGUUUCCCACCCCACAAGCAAAGGUGCACCAUUUCUAGGGGUGUCACAAGAUCUUGCAAAAUUACAAUGUGGCAAGAUUUCUCAUUCAGAAAAAAAAUCAUCUCAUGGACGAUAAAUAAAUGGAUCACACAAUCAAUGAAAAUAAAUUAGAUCAUUUUUCCGGCCUCAAUAUGUUGCCAUGUGCGUGCAUGUCUGUCUUCCUCGUCUCCUGCCUCCAAACAGGCAGUGAGGCUUCACUCUGUGCGUUGGUCUCGGCACCUUAGUGUGUCCGUUCCAUAGAACAACGGCAUAAAUGGAGUAAGCACUUUUGUCAGUCAUACAGUCUCUGUCUCACUGGGUGGGUGGAGGCGGGGCCGCUAGCCUACACACAGAGUGCACAAGAGUGUAACGUAGUAAGAGGUGGAAGUGUAGCAAACGCAUUUCUGUAGUGGAGUUGAGGAUGCAAAGACAUCAAACAAUUCACUCUUUUUCUACAUAACUAGACAGGUGAAUGGAUAACUUUUGUUAUAUAGACAUCUUACCGCUCAGUGUAUCCUUAAUCAUAUGACAUCUACAAAGUGACGUUUAUGCGAUAGCAAUUGACGUAAUGGGCUCCCCUGCUUUAUUCUAAUAGUUAUACUUUAUUCUUAACUUUUCUUGUUUUUGUUACAAGGGUGCAAAAAAACCCCAAGAUAUGCUUAUCAUUUGGGCUUCCAUACAGUUCAUAUAUAGGCUGUGGGCCAAUAAAUACGUAAAUGUGCAGCACUCUCCCACACACAAACACACAUUCAUGCCAGAGUGCAUUUGCAAAAAAAUUCCAAAAUGUUGCCGGGCAACUCAGAAAAAACCCAAACAAACACGGCAGACACACUGCAAACGUCACGUACGAGAGCUCUGGGACGUAUUUGUACAAGUUCCUGCUGUAAAAUGUGCUGGUUGGUUGUCACAGUAAAGCUGGGGGUACAGACAUACUGCACACUCCCCGUCAGCGCCGGGUCACGUGCAGCAAAUGCAGCCUACACUGUCCGAGAAGAGAACAGCAGGUUGAGCGUGGCGAUGAUGGGAGGACUGUUAAGCGUGUGAUGGCAGACCGGUCAUGUACAGAAACACAAUGCCGUCUUUGUAGCCUUCAGCAGGCGAGGGGGAGCUGAGAGACCAUAAUCACCUUUUCCUCUUCCUCUCGCCGUCGUUCGUCCUUUGGCUUGUUUUGACUGCGUCCGUUACAGAGAAGCUGUCGUCUCUGCGUCGUUUGCUGCGUCAAAAAUGAGGUUACCACCUUCAUAUCUUGAAUGAUUGACUGACUGAUUGGAAGUACUUGUGUGUACUGACUGUGCUGUUGUGCUGUUGUCCUGCUCCUGCUCCUUGGAGGGGGACUCUGUUUGGACCUUGUCGUCCUGCCUGUAGUCUUCUUGCUCGUCGAGCCGUCCCGUCUGUUGGCUGCCGUUGCAUCGCUCUGUGGGACAGCGGGCCUGGGGCAGGGUGGUGGGAGGGGAGUCAGUCGUGGGUGCCUGGUCUUCCUGGGACAACUCUCGCCAUUGGCUCUGUGUAGCGGAAACAGGACUGUAAAUACAACGUACGUUGACUAAUACAAUGUGCGUGUGUGUGUUGUUGUGGUACCUGCACAGUGGAGUCUCCCAUGAUGCACUUGGAGCCUUCCAGGACGGCCAUGAAGGAGAAGCGCAGCUGAUCAGGAGUCUGGAUGAGACCCAUGCGGUAUUUCCUCAUGUCCAAAAGAACCCUUUUAAUGUCCACUGACGGUUCUUUCCUCUUGUCCAUCUGCUUGAAAACAACUCUUAUCAACAUUGGAUUUAUUUUAAAACGUGUAGCAAAGUCUUUUUUGUUUUUUGGGAGUUUUUUUGUCUUCCAUGAAGUGUAUCUAGGGGCAGGUCAGGGGCGUUUCUUCCUUUAUGAUGUCAUGAAAACCCGGCACUUCAAAAGCAAGCAUUUGAGAGCCUUUUUUCCUCAAAAUGUAUGAGACAUUAGAGCUUUUUUUAAGAAUGCUGUAGGGACACAUAUUACUGUUAGACCACCAUUGAAAACUCACUCGCAUAAUACAGGACCACUAGGGACAUUUUCACCAAUCAAAUACAUGAAGAAAGCCAUUUUUGUAAAAGGCAACCAAACAAACAACCACACCGGACUGACGUUUGUGGAAAAAUGUGACCUGCUUCUGUGAAAUAAUAAACAAUCUU